CUCCCCAGGAUGAACCAGGCCCCCACAGUGGGUUUUGAGGGCGACGUGGGUGGUCGGACCACACACCACUUCAUGUACCCCGAGAGUGCCAAGAACCUGCCCGCCAACGUCAGCUUCGUGCUGGUGCCCUUCAAAACCCUGGACUUGCUCUGGAUUGCCAGUGCCCUCUCCACUGGCCAGAUCAGGUUCACAUACGCGCCUGUGAAGCCUUUUCUGCGUGUGGACAAAGAAAAGGUACAGAUCUACAAUCCUGCCUUCUUCAAGUACAUCCACGACCGCUGGACGGAGCACCACGGGCGCUAUCCCUCCACUGGCAUGCUGGUGCUCUUCUUCGCCCUCCACGUCUGCGACGAGGUGAACGUCUUUGGGUUCGGCGCUGACAGCCGGGGGAACUGGCACCACUACUGGGAGAACAACCGCUACGCGGGGGAGUUCAGGAAGACGGGGGUGCACGAUGCCGACUUCGAGGCGCACAUCAUCGACAUGCUGGCCAAAACCAGCAAGAUCGAGGUUUACCGGGGCAACUGAGGGCUGUGCCGCCCCCGGCUCCCUGCUCUGCCGGGUCCUGCUGCCUGCGGGGCAGAGGGUGAGGGGCUCCCUGGUGGCCUCGGGUGACGAACACCAGUCGGGCAGCGCCGGUUCCGCGCCGCUGACAGAGCCACCCCGGCGAUAUUUGGUGCCUCCAGCAGCCAAUCAGGUUCAGUAGCUAAAGGAGACUUUUUGCUUUUUUUUUUUAAUAAUUAUUAUUAUUAUUAAGAAACCCAGCUGAGAAAGGAUUUAUAAACACAAUCAGCGACUGACCAGGCGGCGGGGGCGGCCGCCUCACAUCUCUACAGUCAAACCAAAUGCUGCUCUUUUUAAAACAAGACAACCCCCACCCCGAAGCUGGGUGACUUUGGGGAACCCCUCGAGCACCAGCGUCUGGGCCGAGGGAGCCGUGGCGGCUGCGCAGCCUCACCAGUGGAACCGGCUGCUGCUUUUUUCCUCUAUUUUGGGUUUUUGUUGUUUUUUGGGUUUUUUUCCCACCUGGGGCAGCUGAUGCCUCGUUUCUCCGGAGAAGGCUCCCAGCAGAGGCAGGUCCCAGCACAUGGAUCCGUGGGGAGCUGGCAGCUGCAGGAAGCUGACCAUUGCCGAUGCUCCACUGCAGGCUGGUGAUCACUGGCACAGCCGGGCUGGGAGAUGAAGAGGAACCCUGACUUCAACACCCAGGAUCUCUGCUCCUCUACCCGAGGACUGAGGAAGGAUAUGACAGAUUUUGGGAGCGACUGUGCAGGAGGCAGCUCAGAAACCCCCAGGAGCAGCAGCCCAGUCCCUCUGGCUGGCCUCUGUGGGCGGUUGCAGGAUUCACAAGGCUGUGGGAUGCAGCAGGGUCAAGGAGACAGGAUUUCCUUCGCUUUCAGGCUGGGAAAAAACAGAUUAGAGAUAGCUUUAGAGGGUGAUUGAACCGUGCUUUUGCUUUUGUGUUGCUCUAAAGAGCUCUUGUGAGAAGCUGAAAUCCCAAAGUCUGCUCCAUUUGCGAGGGUGGCACUUGGUUUAGACCAGUCUGAUACAGCUGGUGCCCUCAGGGUCCCCAGGGCUUCCCAGGCUGGACAGGCAUGAGACAGGGAGAUGCUGAAGGAAACUGCCUCCCCAGAGGUGUCAUUAAAACCACUUUUCUUUGGGUCAAUCAGAUGGGUGGGGGUGGUUUUUUUUUGGUUUGUGGUUUGUUGUUUUUGUUUUUUUUAGGAGGUGCUGGAAAGCUCAAGAAAAAGGCAAUCAUGGAAAAGGUCCCCCAGAGAGGGACCCUCCACCUGUGCAGCCGGUGCCAAGAGUGGGGUGGGGGCUGUGGGGUUGUGCCCAGCUGGGGAAGCCCUGCCCACACUGCCUGGUUGCAAUAGUUGUUUGAGGAACAAUCACCACAGGGUGUUUUUGGGCUUUGAGGAUUUUUACCCUUUUGUGUCUGGCUUUUCUGUAGCAGCCUCUUACCUGUUUCUCUGCUUCAGUUUGGUUGUUUUUCAGGGUUUUCUUCUCUUUUUUUCUUUGAGGUUUCUCUCUGCAAUUGUCAAACACUAGGGUGUGGGUUGGUCACCUGGAGCAGGCACUCAGGAGCCCCUGGGCUGGGGAAAUUCAGCUUUUCUGCCCGCAGGGCUUUAAACCCUUGAAUUUUGUGGUGGGUUUUGGUGGGUGUGGAGCUGCCCCAGCGCUGGCAGCCCCGAGCCCCGGGGCACAGAGGCAGGUGGCAGCGAGCCCUGCUCUCCACCUUCCCGGGUGGCUUUUUAGUUUUUGUUUUGUCUGGUUUUUUACGGGGAAGAAAAGUAAAAACCACAAAACCACAAGCAACAACGAGUGCCUUGACCAUCUCCCAUCGGCCAUGCCAGGCUGUGCCUGCUCCCGUGCCGGCAGCAGGGACUUGGCCAAUGUAUCUGGCAGUCGUACCCACCUCCGUCCUCGCACCAGGCUGGAUCUUAGUUGGGAAGAGAGGGACACAUCCAGGCCACUAUACUGGUGGCUAGAAAGGCCAAAUCUAAUGUGAUGAGGCCAGACCAGCUCCUGUUGGAGCUGAGCAGGGCCCGGCCUGACAAUCACAGGGCAAGUGGAGGCGCCGGGUGCCAAGCCCGGGUACCAAACCCUGCAGCAGCACAGUGCUGGCACCUGGCGAAGGGCGUGUUCACAGCUCGGGGCUGCCCUGGCAGUAGUUAGUUUUUUUUUUUUUGCUAACUUCCUUCCCCUACCCCCUCUUUUCUUUUUUGUUGUUGUUUUAAUUAUUAUAUUAUUAUGAUUUAUUUAAGCUGUCCCACUAGGACUGGCGAGCACUCGCGUUCCGCGGGCAGGGCCGCAGGCAGGAGCACGCGCGGCCGGCGCACCACUGUACUGUACAUAGAGGAGAUGUAGGCAGAGGCUACGGGCAGGGGGGCAGGCAGGGAGGGGGUGCCCAGGCUUGCCCACCUGGCAAAGGUUAGUCUGCAUCACACGGUGCCUGAUCCGAGCACCCGUCACCUCCCGCCCCGCCGGGACCGGGAGAGACCAGUGCUCUGACCCGGGGCUGGGAGCAGGCAGGCAGCUCAGCCCGUAGCCUCUGUGUACAUGGGUACUUCUGCACACAACUGUCUUAAAACAACUGUUUUUUUUAAAGGACAAUAAAAACCAUGCAUCAAA